AUGGAGGACGACAUGAUGGAAGCGUGGCUGGACGACCACCUCGACUUCACGCACUCUUACUUUGUCAGGAAAGCGUCCAGGGACAUGGUGAAUGCAUGGUUUGCCGAACGCGUCCACACCAUCAAGUCCUCCGCCGAACCCACCACCCUUUGCAUCUCGGACAAUCGCUCCCCUGCAGCCAUUGCGGUCCCUAAUCAGCCGCCGGCCGCCCCAACUCGCAAAAUCUCCGCCUCGGAAUUCGACCGCCCGCUCCGGCCCAUCGUGGUGACAGACCCGGAGGGUGCGGUAAGCUUCCUGAGCGACGCCGAACGCGACGCACCCCCGCGGGGUUCCGGGAUGCCCGACGUGGAUGGCGGGAAGGCAUCGAGCGGAAACGGCGGUAACCGGGGCGAUCGUUGCGCUCGACUGCUGGAGCUGGUGAAGGACGUUUCCAGUCAUCUGGAUGUGACAGCACUCUGCCACAAGAUUUUCCUCCACAUCAACGAGCUCAUUGACGCUGACCGAUAUUCACUAUUUCUGGUGGGCGAGGACAGCUCCAACACCAAGUUUCUGGUCAGCCGCUUGUUUGACGUGGCCGAGGGCUCCACGCUGGAGGAAUCGUCCAGCAGCAGCAUCCGUCUUCAGUGGAACAAGGGCAUCGUGGGACACGUGGCCGCCACGGGACAACCGCUCAACAUCAACAACGUUUACGAGGAUCCUCGAUUCAACGCGGAGGUGGAUAUGAUCACAGGGUACAAAACGCACAGUAUUCUGUGCCUGCCCAUCAAGAACCACCGAGAUGAGGUUGUUGGAGUGGCGCAAGCUAUCAAUAAGAAAAAUAGCGACAACGGAGCCUUCACUCAACAGGAUGAAAAGGACUUUGCGGCUUACUUGGCCUUUUCAGGCAUCGUUCUGCACAAUGCCCAGCUCUAUGAAACGUCACAGCUAGAAACCCGACGUAAUCAGGUGCUGUUGGAACUUGCCAGUCUCAUCUUUGAGGAGCAGCAAAGUCUGGAGGUUUUACUGAGCAAGUUCGUCGGAACCAUCUUGUCCUUCAUGCAGGCCCAGGCUUGCACAGUCUUCAUUGCAGAGAGUGAUUCCACUGAGAACCCCUUCGCCAGUGUCUUUCAUAUGGAAAACGAGGGGCAAGGUGAAGUCCUUCAUUCAUAUAAAAGGGAAUCUCCGUGUGUCAACCAGAUCAACUACAUGUAUGCUCAAUAUGUUAAAAACACCAUGCAGCCUCUCAACAUCACAGAUGUCACCAAAGAUCAACGUUUCCCCUUGAUGCAAUUUUUUUGAACCUGUCAGUGCGAUAAGCAAAAUCUCACCAAAGAGACAAAGAGCCUACUCUGCACCCCUAUCAAGAACGGCAAGAAGGACAAAGUCAUAGGUUGCUGCCAGUUGGUCAACAAGAUGGACGACCUCGGCGUCACAAAGACCUUCAACAGGAACGACGAGCAGUUCUUGGAGGCCUUUGCCAUUUUUUGCGGCCUCGCCAUUCAGAACACGCAAAUGUACGAGACGGUGGCGAGAGCCAUGGCCAAGCAGCAGGUGACCCUGGAGGUCCUUUCAUAUCACGCUUCCGCGUCUGCCGAAGAAUCCCAGGGGCUCCAGGCGGCCACCAUCCCGUCGGCUCAGUCGCUUCGACUCCUGGACUUCGGCUUCAGCGACUUCGACUUGUCGGACACCGAAACCACGUUGGGUACCGUGCGCAUGUUUGUGGACUUGGACCUGGUGCACAACUUUCAGAUGAAGUACACGAGUUUAUGCCAGUGGAUUCUGAGCGUCAAGAAGAACUACAGGAGGAACGUGGCCUAUCACAACUGGAGACAUGCUUUCAAUACUGCCCAGAGCAUGUUUGCGCUGCUAAAAUCAGGGCGGUUACAGAAUCAUUUAAGGGAUUUAGAGGUUUUGGCUCUGAUGAUCGCUACUCUCUGCCAUGACCUGGAUCACAGAGGAGUCAACAACUUCUACAUACAGAGGAGCGCGCACCCGCUAGCGCAGCUUUACUGCCACUCCACAAUGGAGCACCACCAUUUUGACCAGUGCCUCAUGAUCCUCAACAGUCCGGGCAACCAGAUCCUGAGUGGCCUCUCCUUGGAUGAGUACAAAUGCACUCUACAGAUGAUUGAGAGGGCUAUUUUAUCCACCGACCUGGCCCUGCACAUGAAAAGGCGCGAAGAGUUCUUUGAGCUCACUCACAAUAGACAGUUCAUUUGGGAGAUGGAUCAACAUCGAGACUUACUUAGGUCAAUGCUGAUGACUGCUUGUGAUAUAUCGGCAAUUACCAAGCCCUGGCCGGUGCAAAAGAAGAUUGCAGAGCUGGUGGCGACAGAGUUCUUCGAGCAAGGCGACAAAGAGAGACGAGAACUGAACAUUGAGCCCAGCGACCUGAUGAAUCGGGAGAAGCGAGAUAAGAUUCCCAGCAUGCAGGUGUCCUUCAUUGAUGCCAUCUGCACACGAUUAUACGAGACUUUGGUAGGAAUGUCUGACUGUUGUUCCCCUUUGCUGGAGGGAUGCCGGACCAACCGUCAGCAUUGGAAGUGCUUGGCUGAAAACUCAGAGAAAGGCUUGCUCAACAGUCUGGUGUGA